AUGGACUCUUGGUGGUGGCGUUUUCUCUCUCUCUCUCUCUCUCUCUCUCUCUCUCUCUCUCUGGGCAAAUGGGCUAUUGUUUGUCGUACCAUCGUGCAUUAUCAAACUGGAAUGCAGGUUCUUUAUAAUGUGAAGCAGUGUGGUGCUCAUGAUCCAUGGUUCAACUUGAAACCUUCACCAAGACUAGCUGGACGGGUUCGGCGUUAUUACAUCGCCGCCGAAGAGAUUUUUUGGCAAUAUGCGCCUUUGAAGCGAAGCCUCAUUACUGCAGUAGGAAGAGACAGCUACAGCAUUCACUUGGGCAUCCUUGGCCCUUUUAUAAAGGCAGAAGUUGGUGACACCAUAAAAAUUCUCUUUAUGAACAAAGCCUCCCGGCCUUAUUCCAUGCAUCCUCAAGGGGUACAAUACGACAAACAGAAUGAAGGUCAAGUCUAUCUCGAUGGUCAUCCAAACAAAAAGAGCGGUCGAGUGCCACCAGGAGAAACGUUCGAAUACACGUGGACUGUACCAAAAUCUUCGGGACCCGGACCUAGUGAAGCCAACUGCAUCCCUUCGAUGUAUUAUUCAUCACAGGAGCCAAUAAGGGACCCCUAUGCAGGGUUAAUGGGUCCACUCAUUAUUUGCAGGAAGGGCAUUCUGGAUGAAAGAGAUUUCCGAAAAGAUGUUGAUAAAGAAUUUGCUUUGUUCUUCUCCAUCAUGGACGAAAAUAUGAGUUGGUAUUUGUCGGAAAACAUCGCCAAAUUUGCACCUGCACGUCUCAACACUUCUUUUGCAAAUGACCCGGCAUUCUAUCAAAGCAACUAUCUCUUCACCAUCAAUGGUUUAAUUUAUGGCAAUAACAAAGGCUUUGUAAUGACAGUUGGAGACCGAGUGGCUUGGUAUGUGAUGGCUUUGGGUAGUGACAAAGAUAUCCACACUGCUCAUUUCCAUGGCCAGACUUUCUUACAACCUACAGAUGGUGUGCACAGAGGUGAUGUACUUGAAGUGUCAGCAUCCGUAGCCCGCACAAUUGAAAUACAAACUGACAACCCAGGAACAUGGAUUCUGCACUGUCAUGUCAAUGAGCACAUCAUUGGAGGCAUGGAAAUGACUUACACUAUAUUACCAAAAGAAUUUUAA